GAAAGAUUACGUCUGCGUUGUUAUGUCAUGUGAUUUGAAGUGGGCGUGUCCUUUAUCAGUUAACCGGAAACAUGGAGGCUGUGCUGAGUGAUGUUGUAGCUCCUGAGGACCUCAAAAAAUUUGAAAAGAAGUACAACAACGAGCUGCUGAAGGGAGCUGUAUCCAAAGAAACACAGUUUGAAUAUGCCUGGUGUUUAAUCAGGAGUAAAUACACUCAGGAUAUCAAGGAGGGAGUGAAGCUUCUGAAGGACCUUGUUCACAAAUCACCAAAGGAUGACCCCCGGGACUUCCUCUUCUACCUUGCAGUGGCCAACUACAGGCUGAAAGAAUAUGAGGAAGCCUUGAUUUACAUCCGGAAACUUCUCAAGAACGAACCCGGGAACAAGCAGGCCGUGGAGCUGGAGAAGCUGAUUGAAAAGGCUUUAAAGAAAGACGGCCUGGUCGGGAUGGCGAUCGUCGGCGGAAUUGGUCUGGGCGUGGCGGGUUUAGCCGGCCUCAUCGGCUUGGCUGUGUCAAAGGGAGCAGCCAAAUCUUAACCUGGAAAGAUGUUUGCUGGACUUAUACACUGACCUGCAUUAAAAAAAACAAAAA